AUGACACUAUCAGAAAUGUAUAUCAACUUCAGAAAUUCUACACAACUUCCACACCUUUCACACCUUUCACAUCUUUUUCACCUUCCUCACCUUCCUCAACUUCCCCACUUUUCCCUCUCCAAAGAAAUGAAGUCACAAAUAACAUUUGUAUUAUUGUCAGCAACGAUUGCAUUCAUCGUUGCAUUUUCGCUUGACUUAAUGUUAUCAAGUCUAUUUGAUAUGAAUCGUAGGAAAAAAAAACAUGUCCCUCUUCCCUCAAAAAUCUCGGCUUCUAUUUCUACAAAAAAAUUAUCUAGCUGUCAACCUCCGCAAAAGCCUGUAAAUUUAGACGCUUUCAAAGGAUAG